AUGUACGUGUAUCAUGCUUGUCCACAUGAGAAGCCUGAGCAAGCGCAGGCAUGUGUGUCAAUCCAGAUGCAAACUUAUCGUCGAUCCCGUGGGCGUGGCCACCGACGCAACCACUUUCACGUGGUUUCCGCGAAAAGCCGCGACCAAUAUUCUACCUUCGACCCCGAAAUCCCCCCCUUGUCACGCCAGCGGGAGCCUCGUGAGAACAGCGCCUUCCUCCGCGUCGUCGUAUUGGAGAUGAACAUGCGACGCAGCGGCAAACUGCGCGAUGACAUCCCCACGCGGGCUCGUAUCUGGCUCCCUCCUCGCAAGAGCAACCCCUACCGCAUCGCCGGAGACUACGACGAUUGUGAUAACGACAGUAUCCCUUCCCGCUGGGUUGGCCAGUCGGCUUAA